AUGGUGAACUUGCUGCUGCUUAGUUUGGCCACCCUGGCGUCGGCGUACGCGUCGGUGAUUCCCGAAAUCUCCGGAUACUCGAGAGUUUCGACCAACGGCGCUAGUAGCGCCAGUGAGCCGCGAAGUUUAAACCCCUCGCCGGUCUACCAUCCCGCAAAGCAUCUCAAAGUUUACGACGGCGAAGUUGUCGAUUAUUCACACAAAUACUCGACUUUGGACAAGGAGAUGGUUGCGAAAUUAGACGGCAAAACGCGUCAAAAACAAGCUGAGGACAGAUUCGUUCCUUCGGCGGUAAGACUGCAGAGCCCGUCGGGCAGUCCAGGGUCGUCGAGCUCUUUGGCCUCUCAAUCAUCAGUCUCAGGUUCAUCACCCUCUAUUUCUUCCGGUGGUUACGCCACGUUACCUCAAAGCUAUUCUUCAAACACUUAUCAGUUUCCAGACGAUGAUAAAUCGCCGAAAAAUAAUAAUAAUAAUAAAUUUAAAAUAGCAAACAGCAAUGGGAAUAAUAAUGAUCACGAUAAUUUGCCCUCUAUUACUGCUGAUGGAUUCUCUAUAGCCGGAAAUUCUUAUUCAAAGAUUCAUAUGAAUUACAACCUGACAAAGUAA